GAACCAAGCCAAUCGGUGCAUCAUACUCUUGAGGAAACAGUUAAGUCCCAAGAACUUGGUAGAAGGAGGUCAGCACAUCGAAGACACAAAUAAAGUGGUAACAAGUUCAGGGUCGGUAAGUUUGGUAGAAUUUGUCUGUCACCGAUUUCUUAUUUCGUGGUUCUUCAUUAGUGGAGUGUUUAUGAAUAGCUUACUGAUGUUAAAAUUUGUGCUCUUACUAACACUUUUAUCUUACUGCGAAGUGGAGGGUGCUCGUUAUGUACCUAAAUGGAAAAAACAGGCCUGUGAAAUCCCCACAUCACAGAACGAACAUUCCCACUACAUUUGCACAGAUGAUGGUGAGGUGAAAUGUAUACCUGGAUGGACCGGAGACCUUUGUGAUGUGCCCAUUUGCAAAUCUGGAUGUGACCCGAUCCAAGGAUAUUGCAACCGACCUGGAGAAUGCGUUUGCAAAUUGGGAUACUAUGGAGAUAAAUGCAAUAAAUGCAUUCCUUUGCCGGGUUGCCAACAUGGGUUCUGCAGAGACAGCUUCGAAUGUAAAUGUAGAGAGGGCUGGAAAGGUGUUUUCUGUUCGGAACCUGUGUGUGGAAAGGACUGUCAUCCAGCUCGAGGAUAUUGUGACUCUCCAGGAGAAUGUAAAUGCCGCUUAGGAUGGGCAGGUACUAGCUGCCAGCAAUGCCAAGUCUUACCAGGAUGUCAGCAUGGUUACUGUGAGAAGCCUUUGGAAUGUAGAUGUUUCCCAGGAUAUACAGGACUGCUCUGUCAAAUUCCAAUUUGUUCGAAAACAUGCCACAGAGAAAGAGGUUACUGUAGGAAGCCUGGAGAAUGCAGAUGUAAGGUUGGAUGGUGGGGCAAGAACUGUGACGUCUGUUAUCCCUAUCCAGGCUGUGUAAAUGGUACUUGCAGAAGACCAUGGGAAUGUAAUUGCAAAGAAGGCUGGGGUGGAAUGCUCUGCGACGAAGAACUAACCUACUGCAGGGAUAACCCAAAUACAUGCCAAAAUGGUGCCAAAUGCAUACCAUUAACCAAGGAAGACGGUAACUAUAGAUGUUAUUGUCGUGAAGGUAGUUAUGGAAGAAACUGUGAAUAUACUGAUGUGUACUUCACAACAACUUUGAGACCUCCAAUGACCUCUACCACGAGAAGGACAUACAUAACUUCUAACCUCACCUUAUCGCAUAUAGAAACUGGACCAAUAGUGAUGCCAAAUGAACAAAAACCAAUGGGUUUACAAACAAACAAAACUAGCGAAGUCAAUUCUACAAGUACCACAAGUACUACUAGUACUACCAGUACUUCUAUUACAACAACUACAACUAGUACUCCGUCGACAACAACGACAUCUGAGAAAAGUGUAUACCUCAAUGAUACCAGCCUUAAUUCGAAUAGUGUAUCUGAAAAUGAAACUUUCUGAUUUCAAUUCCAAAGACUAAGUUUUUUCUUAUUUAUGUAUUUAUUUCUAUUUAUUGAUAUAUCUGUUGUAGUAUUUAGAAAAAUCAGGUGCGGAUCCAGGACCGAUCUUUGGGGGGGACGUUUAGACAUCUUUGUUUCAGAAAUUGAUUCAAAAUAAAUUUUUGCUGAUCUUGUAAUUAUUUGAGCCUUAGUAUGUCAAAUUUUAAGGUGGGGGAGGGGGGCGUUUACUCAAUUUCCAUCCUGGAUCCGCGCUUGAGAAAAGCUUAUUGAUAAAUUUUUUCCAUAAUAUCGAUUGUGAUACAAUAUUUUGAAGUAUUUAGGUAUUCUAUCGAAGAUAUUAUUUAUUAUGGAACCUAUUUUAGAAACAAUACAAUGAAAUUUAUAAAACUCAUCAAUGUCAACUGAGUCAUUGACUUCAAAUAUAAUUUUUCAAUUUUUAUUUACUUUUGGAACGUACCUUCUAAUUAACACAAACAAUUAUUUGCCAAAUGAGUUGGCUAAUCUUCUAUGCUAUCUUUUUGACAACUACAACUGUUUGAAACUGUUGAAGUAGUCUAUGACUUAAGACUUUUAAACAAUAAAAUAUUUAAAUGGAGCACUUUAAAA